UGCGGAUGGUGAUGACGCGAUACUCAUGCAAGCCCGCCGCGCCGGAACUCUCUGCCGCUGCAGCACUGCUGUGCCCACGACAGACCUCCGCCUCGCGACAUCCUGGCGUGGGAGGAGCCAUACACAGGGGGGGACAUAUAACGUGGCGCGAGCGUCAGGAGGGCCCUUGUGGUCCAAACAGAGGCUGAGCGCAGGAAGUGACGACACAUGAACAUCAGUGAGGGGCGAGACCAAGCGAGACCGACUGGGAAGAAUCCGAGAACUGCCGUCGCAGCCGAACUGUCCAGCUACUGCAAAGUUUCACUUCCACUUGCAGACAAUAUAUACCGACUAAAGGGGGAACUCGCUUGUGGUUUAGGGUAAAGAAAGGGAGACAAAAGAACAAAAAAAGUAGUGUUACGGGGUUUACUUAAGAUCUUCAGAAGACAUCGAAAAACUUGAAACUACGUACUUCUUACGUGUGUUCUACGUCGUGAUUUUCUUAGGGAAAACUUGUUGAUUGCUUUUGUUUCAACAACAUCUACUCUCUUCAUCAAAGCCAGGUAUACCUUGCUCGCAAUGCUCCGACACCAGGCGGCGCCUUUGAUUGCUGUGCUGCUCUGCAGUUUAGCGUUAGUGUCUGCGCAAGCGCAGUCCAGUACUACUUUGCUGAAGCUGCUGUCUGAUAAGCCCUCGCAAGAUGACACAUCACAGUUUGACUCCGCACAGCUUGGGGAGCUUGAACCAUCGUUAACCGACGAGCUGCCAGUCAAUGAGGCCACUAAGCUCUGGCUCAGUCAGAGGCUUGCCGAGCUUAAAGGAAUGACUGUGCCAGAGUUGGCGGAGAACGAUGACACAACGGAGUCCGGCGAUGCGGCAGAAGGCGACGAGCUGGAGGAAGACGUUGCAUCAAAAAGAUUUCACCCGACUGCUUUCUUCGGUAGCAGAGGAAAGAGGCGGUUCUCAGAAAAAUCUUUCAAGCGACUCCUAACGGGAUUUGUAGGCAGCCGCGGCAAACGACUUCCGAUGCCAGCAGGCGAUGAGGGAUUGUGGGAAGGACAGGAGUUCCGCAGCAAGCGGUUUGACCCCAGCGGCUUCGCGGGCAGCCGAGGGAAGAGGUACUUUCCUGGACUGGAGGCGCUGGUGUUGAGCCAUAUGUACCAGAAAUAUGCUGAAAAAUGGAAAAGACAGCCCUCUCUCUUUGGUUUUCAAGCCUCAAGAGGUUGAAGAAUGGCCUUUGAUGACGACGUUCGCCCCUUCAAAUCAAACGGGACAGCGAAUUCAUCUGCAUCGUCGCGGCCUGAUAAACAAGAUUGCUAAACUGUCCUUUUGCGCAGAGCAUCGCUACAAAGCUACAGAGUGCAGGAAUCUGGUCUCCUGGACUAUAACAAGCCUUGACAGAAUGUUUUUCUGUAUAUGUCAAGGAUGAAACUGUUUUGAGGAAAAUUUUUUCCUUGGAGCUAAGUAUGAGCUACCAUCAUUGCAGGGGAAAGGGAAUUUUACUUUUAAUGUACUUAGUCUUUAGUAGAUGAGAAGAUUCGUUGGAAUAAUUGUAUUGUUAUCAACAUUACUAAACCCUCUGUCGCUGGCAAAAUAAGAAGAUAUGUAAGUUAAAACAUUGGAAAUAAAUACAAGCUAUGUAAAACUGUUAUAGCUUACACUGUUUUUCUUGCCAAAUACUUUACUUUUUAAAACCGACGAGAAAGACCAGCAAUGAAUGGGCGUUUUUAUCCAGUUUGUCCUGUUGCAGACCACUGAAUUGCUGUCAUUCAUUUUGCUCCAUUAUUCGAUCUGCUGAAGCACGGAUUCUGAUCUGAUUAUAUCUAUGUCAGUACAUUCCUUCAUCUUAAAAAAUUGACUAAAAUGCAUGAGUUUUUUAAUUUAUGUUUUUCCACACCCUCAACAAUAUAGAAAAAAGAGCCAGUUAGCUACACUAACAAGUUUUGGGUGGUUUUUUGUGUAUUUCAGUUUACCACAGAAAGGUAUUGAUGUAAUUGGAGCAGCCUAUUCUUCACCUGUAUUCUCAACUACAAAUAUUAAGUUUUGUGUGUGGAAAACACACCCAUUCCAGACUGGCCUCAACCACCGCUUAGGACGUUCCUAUACAUAGCCAAUAGAAAAGAAAUCGGGCUUUAUUUACCACAGUGAUAUUUUUCGCAAAACAAAACCGAUAGAACUGUUCCUUUUGUCUGUAAAUCUUUCCAAUCUGUGAGCUAGUUGCGAACAAUUUCAGUUUUGCGGGAUUACUGGGCCAAUCAAUUUUACAAUUCUAGAAAAUGACAUAGAGGUACCCCUGUAAACAGUCACAUUAAGACCAUAUUUUCAUGCGCCUAUUAAUGUAUAUUUUAUUGGUCAUCAAGCUGUAGUUUAUUGUUUUCAGAAGAUUGCAGGUCUAUCACACCCAAUUUUUUGCCUAACUUUCUCUUCUAAAUCAGUUGAGGAAAGUUCUGUUGUGGAUUUCAAGUGCGUUAGCGUUCUGAUUUGUUGUGUGUUCUGAAAUAACACUUUAUGCACACAAGCCCCCGUGUUGCCCUCUGCUGAUAGUGCUAAACAUGAAGAAGGUCACAAUGUUUUUAACAACAAUAACAACUAUUUGAUUGCAAUGCGGUUUAUUUUAAAUGCAUUUAUUAACGUCAUUCGUUUUGUGACCACCUGCACCGCUUGUAAUGAAGACACAUUUCUUCAGAUUUGAUUUAUGCUUACAUUUUCUUUGACUAAUUCAUCAGAUAUUCUCUACUAAAAGUCAACAAACCUGCCCUUGCUUCAGAAAAAGUACGGAUAAGACCGACAUUUUACUAAUGGGUUCCAUGUUGGCAAACUGGUUAAGAAAUAUUGUGUUCUACACAAGUCCUCAUAUUCCCCAAGAAUGUUGAUCUGUUUAUCUGUAUACUUAUUUAAAGUGUCAACACGGAAGAUUAAGUCUUUUAUGCAUCUAAAGGCGUAAGAAAAUUAAAUUAUAUAAAUGAUGAAGUAUUAUCACCCUUGCUGAUGUCACCCUUUUUCCUGUCUGUGCCAGGUGCUUGUGAUUACAGGGAGCCACGGAAGCAUUUUUUGAAUCGUUUUCAAUUGUCUUUAAAAGUGAGAAUUGUAAAAGUGGUCGUUAUUGUGAUUCAUAUGGUUUGCAACGAAUGAUCUUCAAAAGUCAGCUUGCAGGAGUUGUUGCUCGACUUCCGGACACAAAUAAAGGCUAGAAGCAGACUGGGAGAGUUAUUUGUUGUUAACUAUUUCACUGGUUUUGUCCGACAAGGUCCGUUUUAAAGCAUCAAAAAGUACUCCUUGCGGCAACUUUAUAUCCAAAUACGUCUACUGUCUCAUCAUGGCAUUUCUGUGUUAUUCGCCUUUCUUGGGAAUAAACUUAUAUUUAUA